CAUGGUGCAGGUGAGAGUUUCCACUUGUUACGCUGUGGUGGAGUCAGGAGGAAGAAAACUGGGGGAGGAGGAGGUAACAGAGAGCAACAAAGAAAGGGAACUCCAGAGAGAGAAAAAGCUUACUUAACUUCAACCUAAGUUGAGAUAAAGGCAUCCAGAGUGCAUCACAGGUUGGGCACAGAGCUGUCUCCGUUUCUUCCAGCAUAAUGGCUUCAGUCGUUUUUAAAAAGGACACAGGUAUUUUUUGCCUCCUCCUAUCAGGAUUUCUGCUGCCUUCAGUAUUUAUGUCUGGGCAAACCACAGCUGCAGACAUGAGCACAACUUCUUCCACUACUGACCCAGCAACAAUGACAACUGCCUCCACCAUGAAUACCACCACUUCUGCAGCAAACCUCACCAUGACCAUUUCAACAGCAACCUCAAAUACCAACCAGGCUGCUAGCAUGACUAGUAGCAGUUCAGCAGCUACCCUUACUCAGAGCACCAUGUCCACCACUUAUGGAGGUACUGUAAUGUCUACUGCCAUCCAGUCUCCCACAACCAACUCAGAUUCAGUAUCUCAAAACACCCACUCUACAUCAACCAUCUCUGGAGGCCCAACAUCAGUAAGCACCCACUCUCCUUCAACCACCUCUGGAGGUCCAUCAUCACAUAGUACCCACUCUGCCUCAAGCACCUCUGGAGGUUCCUCAUCAUUCAGCACCCACUCUCCUUCAACCACCUCUGGAGGUCCAUCAUCACAUAUCAUCACUCAUCACUCUGCCUCAAGCACCUCCGGAGGUUCCUCAUCAUCCAGCACCCACUCUCCUUCAACCACCUCUGGAGGUCCAUCAUCACAUAGUACCCACUCUGCCUCAAGCACCUCUGGAGGUUCCUCAUCAUUCAGCACCCACUCUCCUUCAACCACCUCUGGAGGUCCAUCAUCACAUAUCAUCACUCAUUACUCUGCCUCAAGCACCUCCGGAGGUUCCUCAUCAUCCAGCACCCACUCUCCUUCAACCACCUCUGGAGGUCCAUCAUCAUAUAGUACCCACUCUGCCUCAAGCACCUCCGGAGGUUCCUCAUCAUCCGGCACCCAUUCAAUUUCAGCCACCUCAGAAGGUAAUAUGACUGAGGAAAAUAAAAACACCACAUCAAAUUCUUCAAUGGAAAUGAUAAAUUGCCCUUCCUUCUCCUGCUAUUGCUCUGAUUGCUACUCAAAGUACAACAGUCAGAAUAAAUCUUAUUGUUCUGCUGGAGAAUCAUGUCAGCUGCUGAAAUCAAUGGACAUGUGGUACAAUGUGAGCUGCAGUGCCUCUUGUGUGGAAGAUUGGAACAACACCACUCAGCGCAACGGUUCUGUGAAUUGCUGUAAUUCCACUAGAUGCAUUAAAGACAUUUUUGCAUCCAUGAUGAUGAUGAUGACAACCACAGUAGCUGCAACCACGACAACAAACGCUCCGCCAACAACAAGAACAACCUCAACAACAGCAAACAAAGGAAACAAAUGUCACAAGGGUAGCUGUACUGGUGAAAACUGUUAUAAAAAUUUCAAGGAUCUUGAAACCUGUUCUUCUACAAACCCACACUGUCAGUUAAAAAAAGAGACUGCUAGCUCCGGCGUUGUUUGGACAGCAGGGUGUACCAAUUGCACUGGAUAUGCUGCCUGUACUGGAACCACAAACCCCCCAUGUAACCUGGAGUGCUGCACUGCCACCACAACCUCCUGCCUGAUUUUGAACGGCACACUGAAUGUUCCGUCUUUCGCCACAAGAGGUCCCUAUCUUCAUAUUGAGUUGAUUGCUUCCUUGGUUUGCCUGCUUGCAAUCACUCUGCUUCUGUGAGUGAGUGAACAUGCAUUUGCUGUCCUCGCAUUUCUUUAUGCGUAUCUCGUUGGGGUUCAUCUGUAAUUGUAUGAAUAUGAAACUAUGAAAAAGUCUCAGUUUCAAUGUUGAUUGUGUGUCCUGUGUUUUGCACUUCCAGUUCACAUUCCUUUUUGUUUAAGCAUGGCUUUGAACUUAAUUGAGAGCAUCCACCACAGGGAACUUCAACCUAAUCCUAAUCCUCAUAUUUCAAUCUCAUAUAUAUUAAUAUAAAUUAUAUAAUAAAGACAAAUUUGAGUAAGUUAUGAGUAAUGACUUUUAGUAUUUAUAUGACCCAUAGCCUGUCAUUUGUACUUUGUCCAUUAAUUGGAAUUGAAAUAUUUGCACUGCCACACUUCAACUGCUUAAAGGGGAAAUAUAUUUUGGUCAGUGAGUGACCCUAAAGUAGGUACAGCACAAAUGAUUUAUGAUAUAAAAAGUUAUUUUUGGAAUAAUGCAGCUUUAACUUUAUUUGCACUUUAUGAAACCCAAAAGUUGGGCUGUCACAGGAAGUUGUUAAGGCAAUUCUUUUACACGUGUCCUUCUUGAAGUGUGCAAUUUAAUAUGCAGCAAGUUUUGUCUUAUAGUUUUCUGAUUUUUGACUUAAAUAUAUGUAAUGUGGGGGAUUACCAAUUAGAUAUAUUUUAUUUUCAAAUGGUGACAUGUAAAGGCUAAAGGAAAUCAGAAAUGUGUCAAUUUAUUUUAGCUUUGUGUACAGAAUAAUUUUGAUUGUGCUUAAAAUGAAAUAAAUGCAAUCUAUAUAU